AUGUUGCAAAGAGACGUUCUGAUAUUUCCUGGUGGAAAACACAUAACAUCUAUCUAUCUAUCUAUCUAUCUAUCUAUCUAUCUAUCUAUCGUCUCUUCAUUAUUUGUUCAUUAUCUAUCUAUUUAUUUAUCUAUCAUAAUUUGUUCAUUAUAUAUCUAUUCUACUUUCGUGUUUUGUUUUGUUUCUCUCUCUCUCUAUCUAUCUAUCUAUCUAUCUAAUUCUGUUAUCUAUCUAUCUAUCUAUCUAUCUAUCUAUCUAUCUAUCUAUCUAUCUAUCGUCUCUUCAUUAUUUGUUCAUUAUCUAUCUAUCUAUUUAUCUAUCAUAAUUUUCUGUCAUCUAUCUAUCUAUCUAUCUAUCUAUCUAUCUAUCUAUCUAUCUAUCUAUCUAUUUAUCGUCUCUUCAUUAUUUGUUCAUUAUCUAUCUAUCUAUCUAUUUAUCUAUCAUAAUUUGUUCAUUAUAUAUCUAUUCUACUUUCGUGUUUUGUUUUGUUUCUCUCUCUCUCUCUCUCUCUCUCUCUCUCUCUCUCUCUAUCUAUCUAUCUAUCUAUCUAUCUACCGUCUCUUCAUUAUUUGUUCAUUAUAUAUCUUUUCUACUUUCGUGUUUUGUUUCUAUCUAUCUAUCUAUCUAUCUAUCUAUCUAUCUAUCUAUCUAUCUAUCUAUCUAGACUUCUGUUAUCUAUCUAUCUAUCUAUCUAUCUAUCUAUCUAUCUAUCUAUCUAUCUAUCUAUCUAAGUCUGUUAUCUAUCUAUCUAUCUAUCUAUCUAAGUCUGUUAUCUAUCUAUCUAUCUAUCUAUCUAUAUAUAUAUAUAUAUAUAUAUAUAUAUACAAGUCUGUUAUCUAUCUAUCUAUCUAUCUAUCUAUCUAUAUAUAUAUAUAUAUAUAUAUAUAUAAGUCUGUUAUCUAUCUAUCUAUCUAUCUAUCUAUCUAUCUAUCUAUCUAUCUAUCUAAGUCUGUUAUCUAUCUAUCUAUCUAUCUAUCUAUCUAUCUAUCUAUCUAUCUAUCAAAUAGUUUUAAAAUAUCUAUCUAUCUAUCUAUCUAUCUAUCUAUCUAUCUAUCUAUCUAUCUUCCAGUUUCUUUCUUUUCCCUUUUUUUCUAUCUAUUUAUCUAUCUCUGUUUCUUUAUUUCUUUAUAUCGAUCUCUGUUUCUUUCUUUCUAUUUAUCUAUCUAUAUUUAUUUGUUUCUAUCUAUCUAUCUUUGUUUGUUCCUAUCUAUCUAUCUAUCUAUCUAUCUAUCUAUCUAUGUUUCUUUAUUUUACUUCCUUUAUUUCUUUCUUUCUUUCUUUCUUUAUUUCUUUAUUUCUUUCUAUUUAUCUAUCUUUCUUUCUUUUUAUCUAUAUAUCUAUCUAUUUUCGUUUGUUCGUAUCUAUCUAUCUAUCUAUCUAUCUAUCUAUCUAUCUAUCUAUCUAUCUAUCUAUCUUCCAGUUUCUUUCUUUUUCCUUUUUUUCUAUCUAUUUAUCUAUCUCUGUUUCUUUAUUUCUUUAUAUCGAUCUCUGUUUCUUUCUUUCUAUUUAUCUAUCUAUAUUUAUUUGUUUCUAUCUAUCUAUAUUUGUUUGUUCCUAUCUAUCUAUCUAUCUAUCUAUCUAUCUAUCUAUCUAUCUAUGUUUCUUUAUUUUACUUCCUUUAUUUCUUUCUUUUUUUAUUUCUUUGUUUCUUUAUUUCUUUCUAUUUAUCUAUCUUUCUUUCUUUUUAUCUAUAUAUCUAUCUAUUUUCGUUUGUUCGUAUCUAUCUAUCUAUCUAUCUAUCUAUCUAUCUAUCUUCCAGUUUCUUUCUUUUUCCUUUUUUUCUAUCUAUUUAUCUAUCUCUGUUUCUUUAUUUCUUUAUAUCGAUCUCUGUUUCUUUCUUUCUAUUUAUCUAUCUAUAUUUAUUUGUUUCUAUCUAUCUAUCUUUGUUUGUUCCUAUCUAUCUAUCUAUCUAUCUAUCUAUCUAUCUAUCUAUCUAUCUAUCUAUCUAUCUAUGUUUCUUUAUUUUACUUCCUUUAUUUCUUUCUUUCUUUCUUUCUUUAUUUCUUUAUUUCUUUCUAUUUAUCUAUCUUUCUUUCUUUUUAUCUAUAUAUCUAUCUAUUUUCGUUUGUUCGUAUCUAUCUAUCUAUCUAUCUAUCUAUCUAUCUAUCUAUGAGUUUCUUUCUUUUUCCUUUUUUUCUAUCUAUUUAUCUAUCUCUGUUUCUUUAUUUCUUUAUAUUGAUCUCUGUUUCUUUCUUUCUAUUUAUCUAUCUAUAUUUAUUUGUUUCUAUCUAUCUAUCUUUGUUUGUUCCUAUCUAUCUAUCUAUCUAUCUAUCUAUCUAUCUAUGUUUCUUUAUUUUACUUCCUUUAUUUCUUUCUUUCUUUCUUUCUUUCUUUAUUUCUUUCUAUUUAUCUAUCUUUCUUUCUUUUUAUCUAUAUAUCUAUCUAUUUUCGUUCGUAUCUAUCUAUCUAUCUAUCUAUCUAUCUAUCUAUCUUUUUCCUUUCUUUCUUUCUUUUUCCUUUCUUUCUUUCUUUUUCCUUUCUUUCUUUUUUCUUACUUUUUUUUCCCCUUUUUUUGUGAAAGAAUGUCUGUCCAUAUCUAUCUAUCUAUCUAUCUAUCUAUCUAAAUUUGUCCUUCUAUCUAUCUAUCUAUCUAUCUAUCUAUCUAUAUUUGUCCUUCUAUCUAUCUAUCUAUCUAUCUAUCUAUCUAUUUCAAUUUGUCCUUCUAUCUAUCUAUCUAUCUAUCUAUCUAAAUUUGUCCUUCUAUCUAUCUAUCUAUCUAUCUAUCUAAAUUUGUCCUUCUAUCUAUCUAUCUAUCUAUCUAUCUAUCUAUCUAUCUAUCUAUUUCAAUUUGUCCUUCUAUCUAUCUAUCUCUCUAUCUAUCUAUUUCAAUUUGUCCUUCUAUCUAUCUAUCUAUCUAUCUAUUUGUCCUUCUAUCUAUCUAUCUAUCUAUCUAUCUAUCUAUCUAUCUAUUAUUUCAAUUUGUCCUUAUCUCUCUAUCUAUCUAUCUAUUUCUUUGUCUAUUUCAAUUUGUUUGUCCUUCUAUCUAUCUAUCUAUCUAUCUAUCUAUCUAUCUAUCUAUCUAUUUCAAUUUGUCCUUCUAUCUAUCUAUCUAUCUAUCUAUCUAUCUAUCUAUUUCAAUUUGUCCUUCUAUCUAUCUAUCUAUCUAUCUAUCUAUCUAUCUAUCUAUCUAUCUAUCUAUCUAUCUAUCCUAUGCGCUGGACUACUAUAAAAAUUUUGAAAUAUGAAGAUCACCCAACAGCUCUUUGCCGCAAUUCUUUCUGGAGAGUUCGUUUUGUAAGCCGCUGUGCAAACAGUUGGAAAAAUCUAUCUAUCUAUCUAUCUAUCUAUCUUAUAUCCGGUAUCUAUCUAUCUAUCUAUCUAUCUAUCUAUCUAUCUAUCUUAACCCAUUCUUUAUCUAUCUAUCUAUCUAUCUAUCUAUCUAUAUUAGCCCAUUCUUUAUCUAUCUAUCUAUCUAUCUAUUGUAUAUCCAGUAUCUAUCUAUCCAUCUUAGCCCAUUCUUUAUCUAUCUAUCUAUCUAUCUAUCUAUCUAUCUAUCUAUCUAUCUAUCUAUCUAUCUAUCUAUCUAUCUAUCUUAGCUCAUUCUUUAUCUAUCUAUCUAUCUAUCUAUCUAUCUAUCAAUCUAUCUAUCUAUCUAUGUUCAUUUAUGUCAGCAAAUUCUAUCUAUCUAUCUAUCUAUCUAUCUAUCUAUCUAUCUAUCUAUCUAUCUGUGCAAUUUUAUCUAUCAUUCUAUCUAUUUCUAUCUAUCUAUCUAUCUAUCUAUCUUUCUAUCUAUCUAUCUUGAAAUUUUCUAUCUAUCAGUCUAUCUAUUUUUGUAAUUUUUAUCUAUCUAUCUAUCUAUCUAUCUAUCUAUCUAUCUAUCUAUCUUUGCAAUUUUUAUCUAUCAGUGAAAUUUGUAUCUAUCUAUCUAUCUAUCUAUCUAUCUAUCUAUCUAUCUAUCUAUCUAUCUGUUAUGUCGACCGUUAA